AUGCUUCGACUGCGAAAGCCGCUUUUGGGCUUUGGAACGCGCUUUUUUUCAUCCAAAUACGAUAUCUCAAUGUUGAGAAACAUUGGUAUAAUAGCUCACAUUGAUGCCGGGAAGACCACGACGACUGAGCGGAUGCUUUUUGUCAGUGGAAAGACGAAACGAAUGGGAAAUGUGGACGAAGGUGAUACCAUCACCGAUUUCUUGCCCCAGGAGCGUUCGCGAGGCAUCACAAUCCAAAGUGCUGCCAUCUCUUUCAACUGGCAGAACAAGUAUAAAAUCAACUUGAUAGACACGCCUGGCCACGCAGACUUCACUUUCGAAGUGAUUCGUGCUUUGAAAGUUCUCGAUGGGUGCGUGACAAUCCUGGACGCUGUAGCAGGCGUAGAAGCGCAAACGGAGAAAGUAUGGAAACAGGCCAAGGGAAUACCCAAGAUCUGCUUUAUCAACAAGAUGGAUCGUCCUGGAGCUGGCUUCAGUCGAACGGUGAAAGAGUUAACGGCCAAGCUCAAGACCAGAACGUUUUUAGUCAACACACCGGUUUUCACAAGCGAUGCAGAAACUGGAGAACUUGCCUUUCGAGGCGUCGUCGAUGUGGUAAACCAGAAGGCCCUGAUUUGGGACACCAAAGACCCCGAAAAAGUGUCUAUAAAUGAAAUACUCGAAGAUUCAGAACACUUUGAGGAGCUUUCAAAGCUUAGGGAAUCGCUAGUGGAAACGCUUUCGGAAUUUGAUGAACAGCUCGUGGAAUAUUUUCUCGAUCAAGCGGACGGGGACUACUUGAAAAUUCCAUCCGAUGUAAUCAACCGCUCAAUCCGAAAGUGCGUGCUGAGUGGGCAUGGCACUCCUGUGCUAGCUGGUGCGUCGUUCCGAAAUAUAGGUGUUCAGCCCUUGCUUGAUGCGGUCGUGAACUACCUUCCGUCACCACUGGAAGCCAAACGCCCAGAGUUCAACAAUGAUGUGUCAAUUACAGUGAGUCCAAAAGAGGGUGCUAUCAUAAACAAGAACAAGAGUCUAUGCGUCGCACAGGCUUUUAAAGUGAUUACAGAUCCCAUCAGAGGAAUAAUGGUCUACGUUAGAGUUUACUCUGGAUGCUUAAAUAGCGGAUUCUCCGUUUACAAUUCUACUACAGGUGCAAAGUUUAAAAUUGGUAAACUGGUUGUAAUGCACGCUAACGUAGCGGAAGAGGUCAAGCAGCUUAGAUGUGGAGAAAUCGGAGUUCUCACAGGAUCAACAGUUUCAGAAAAUGUCAGAACGGGCGACACCAUAAUCGCUCACAAUAUGAAGAAAGAUGGACUUCGCUCAUUGGACAAAGUCAAGGAGCUUGGCCUCAGGAUCAACCCAAUCGAUAGCCCUCCUCCGGUCUUUAGUGCUGCAAUUGAGCCACGGACCCUGGGUAACAAAAAGGUCAUGGAGGACUCCAUCGCCGCCCUCAUCAGGGAAGACCCAAGUCUGCAUGUGCGUGUUGAUGAAGAGACGGGGCAAACGCUGUUGAGUGGUAUGGGACAACUGCAUCUUGAAAUAGCUAAAGAUAGGCUGUUGAAUGAACUCAAUGCCGACGUCGAGGUCGGGAAAGUUAUGGUGUCUUUCAAAGAGACUUUGAUCUCUGGUACCAUGCUGAAGGAAGUAGAAACGGAGACAGGUUAUCGCCUGUCAAUUGCUGUAGAGCCCUUAGCAGACGCCGAGGCCAAAAGGACUUCUGGUGAGGACUGGCACUAUCUUUCCACAGACAACAAUUAUCUGGUGGUGGAGAAAUCGCCGGUUUACACGUCUCGCAAUUGGCCUUUGCAAAUAUCAUAUGAACAGUUCGUGAAUGCUGUAAUGUCCAGCAGCAUUGUUGCUCUUCAGAAAAGCGGCAGAAUCGGCCACUUUCCCCUGCACUCGUGCGUCGUAAGAGUAAAGGGUGAUUGGGAUAUUCCAGCAGAUGCAACGUCUGUAGCACAGGUUCUGACGUUGUCGCGAUCAUUAAGUUCCGAUGCUCUUGCAGAAAUGACCGAUGCUGCGUUCGCGGUUUUGGAGCCGAUCAUGAACGUAAGUGUCAGUGUCAAGCAGGAAGAUAUAGGAAAUGUUUUGCAAGAUUUGACGGGUGCUCGAAAAGCCAACAUAUUAUCGAUCGACGAUGAACACACCCUAGACAGUGGCGAAGACGCCGAUAUUGCCUUUCAAAAGAUUGCUGAGGCCCAAUAUCUGCCAAUGGACAGUACGCUUCGACAAGCUAACAUUUCAACUGGUGCAACCGUCAACAAGGUUAUCAAAGGCUUGGUGCCUCUAAAAGAAAUGGUGUCUUACAUGAGCAAGCUCCGGAGCUUGACACAGGGUAGAGGAACCUACCAUAUGUCUUACCAUGGGAUGGAAAAAGUGACCAGUGACAGGCUGUCUAGCAUUCUGGAGGAAUAUUGA